AUGUGGCCAUCGAAAUGGAGAGUGUUUUUUGAUAUCGUCUGUCCAAAUUCAUGGGCCACUUUCCAGGUGAGCAUAGCAAAUCUUGCGUGUGUAUCAAAUUUUGUUCAUAUUUUCUUCCAGAUAUUACAAAACUGGAAAGUGAGUAAGUCUAUGGGAGCCGUGGAGUUUAUCCCCAUAUCUGAUGUUAAGUUACGUUUGAUUCGGACGUACGAACGAAGGAUGUGUCGAAGGAGUAAGUUCCCUUUCAUUUUCAGAAACGAGAAAGAAAUGCAUGUAUCGUUACAGUGCCACUCAUCAGCGAUAUAUAGUGGAAGCCUUUUACCGGCUGUCUUCUUAUCUUUAGUCAAGGAUCGUUAUCCAGAACAUUUCAUUCGAUCCAUAGAAGUUGUUGGUAGCCGUAUGUGGAAUAGUCGACUUCCUAUCUCCAAAGGGUCACAUCUUUUCACUUGUGCACGAGAAUCAGGACUAAGCUUUAAAGACUCUGAUCAGAUCAUUUCUACACUUUCCCACGUCGACAGUCGUCAGAUUCUUCACAAGAACUCAGAAGAGGCAUUGCUAUUAGGGGUAAGGAAAGUGUGUCAUCAUAUGUUAGUAUUGUUUACUAUCUUUAUGUACUCUAUUGUUUUAUCUUGUUGA